AGCAGCAGCUUCUUAGUUCAAUGCAGCAAGGCAGACCAACUGCACAACGACAGCGACAGCGGCAGAGACAUUCUGUCGGUGUUGAGAGAAGUCUGUUGGGUAAACUCAUUCAACUGGUUUGGUGUGCAGUAGUCAGCUUUUUCUCAUUGCCACGAAGAUGGUUAAAGAAGUCAAGUGCACCAGUCUCCGUUAAAAAAAACCGGUAGAAGAGACCAUUCUGCUAGUGAGGCAACAUCAUCCCUAUCGGCGACGUUUUCUCACGGGCAACGCAGUCUGUGUUUACGCCAGAAUCGUCGACGUUGCUGAGUGGCUAUCGCCCGUAUAAAGGCAAUGACUUGGGAGCAGUCGGACUGAUGACUCUCACCGGUCACUUAGUCGUGUCAGUCGGAAAAGAUGGAGGAAUACUGAGAGAUCCUGUUUUUUGUUUAUCACAGGAAAUGAAGAAACAAAUAGAACUGAUUGAGGGGUGCUUGCCUGAUCGCCAGGCGGUAGCUGUUCAUCAACUUAGUGAUAAGUCGUUGAGUCAGGAUUAUUUGCAAGUGAACAUUCGUCAAGGCAGUCGAUCGGCUGUUUACCAUUGCUAUUGCAAGUCACAAAAAUUUCCUAAUCUCAUGGAGAUUCUAAAGAAGUUUGGAUUAUUAUAUGAAUCGCUAGUGCAGUCUAUGAGCACAACUGGAGACACAGUUCACUCUCUCGUUACACAGAUAGCAAAACAGGUAGGACUUCGAGUGAUAGAGAAACCACUAGAAACAGGUUAUGACUUGACGACCACUGGACCUACCGACAAAGGCAGUUUUAUAGAUGUUGACUAAUGGGUAGUGGUGGCUGGCAAUUAUUUUUAAGCCGGUGUAUAGAUGCCGUAUGGUUCAUUCAAACAGUGAAGUAUAAUGUAAUGAAAGUCUCCCUUCUUUGCAUGGCUGUCACCGUUGCUUUCUUAGUGUUUGAUAAGU